AUGGCUUACACUGAAAAAGAAGGUAAAGAAGAAAGUAAAAUUAUGCAUCCCCAAGAUGAAGACCCAGCUGAAUUAUCAAAAUAUAUAGCCAAUGAAUCAAGUGCGACAUUUUCAUACCUUAAGAAAGCGGAGAAUUAUAUGAAGAAAUUUUAUGAAAGUUAUUUAGUCCCAAAUAGCAGCAAUGAUACUUCGCGCGAAAAUAGUGAUGACGAGAGUGAAGAAGAUAGAAAAAAAAAUGAAGGCAAUGGCAAGAAAGAAAAAAGAAAGCGAAAAAAAAAACCCCAAACACUCUGUUCAAAAGUAAAAUAUAACAUUACGAAGAAAUUGACACUUCCUAAUUUAGUCAUUAUUGGUUUUAUCGCCUGUUUUAUGAUGUUUACAUAUUCAAGGAUUGCACAGCAUAGAAAUCAAAUAGGAUAUGCCGCUGGAUUUUUAGGUGAUGUAAGUCAUGAACGUGUUGCCAGACCCCCAGGAUGUACUUGCGGAGGACAUAAAGCUCAUGGUACUACUAGAGGCACUACUACCCAUAGAACUAACUGA